GGUACCUAAUAUGCCAAAUUUGAGAACGGUGCAUGUGCAGCAGCUAUAUAUCACUUGCAUUCACAUUUGGAUUGACUCAACAAAAAGGAUAUUGGUUAUUCAUUCUGCAUCUUGAGCCUGUCAUACAGGAGAAAUUAAGCCUAUGCUUGUUUAUUUUUUGCAAGACAUUUUUGGCAGUUAUUUAAGGCCAUAGAUUAUUUGCCUUUUGUACGUUCUCUCUCUUUCUAAAGGUGACUCUAACCCGUGUUCAAUGGGUAUUGAUCCGGUAAAAGCCCCCCCAUUUUUUUUUUAUUUCUUAUCCAAGAACCCAACGUGCAUGAAGAAUUCCCAUAUCUGCAGCAACGAUAAAGCUGGGAAUUAGUCAACUACAAAAUUGUGGGAGUUAGUCAACUAGAGAUUUUUAAUGUAGGAUUGGCGCAGUCAAGGGUGGCUACAAUGCUCAGAAUCAUUGAAUAUUGCAAGCGACAACUGACAUCUCGUGGGAAAGAAGGUGAAAAUGACUUGGGGAGUAAUAUAUUACUGUGUCAUUGACGUUUGAGGAUGGAACGUGGAUAAUAUUUAAUAUUCCAAGUAAUAUUUAUUUGAAUUCAAGGCCGAAACAUGGGUGGUCGUUCCUUAAGUUGCAUUUAACUUCUCCAUUUUUGGGUUUCUGCUCUGCUUCACAUGAUCUCUCACAUCCCAAGCCGUGAUUGCAGAGGUUCUUUAUGUGGAAUUUGACUUUGCAUGAUGUCGACCCAAAAUACCGUUUCGUAUUAUGCUAAAAUCUUUGAAAAUCUCUACUCUCCUUAAUACGACUUUAGGCACAGCUUCGGAGAUAGAAAUGCUUCUACUAUAUCCUACGAUUAUCAAAUACUUGAUCUGCUAUAUGUAAAUCUUUUUUCUCUCCUCGUAUAUUUGUUUAGUUCUGAGUUGUUGUUCGAAGAUCUUUCAUGUGGAGAGCUUUGUGGCAAUAAGAUGGAUUCGACAAAGCUACAAGUGUUUACAUCGGAGGACUUGAAAGCUUUCACCAAUAAUUUCAACGAGAAAAACCUGGUUGGUGUUAUCCAGUUUGGAAAAUUAUAUUCAGGAAAGAUUAAAGGAGGCAUGAAUAGAGAAGAAGCCCGAGAUGUGACGGUAAAGACAUGGGAUAAGAAAUCCGAAUCCACGCCCCUCGCAUAUGAUGAGUGCCUGAUGGUCAAAGAAGAAGUAGAGUUUUUAACAAAUCCAACAAUGAAUUGCCAUCCCAGCUUGGCAAAACUGAUUGGCUAUUGCUGUGAUGAAAUAAAGGGUGUUGUUUAUGAUUUCAUUCCACGAGAUACUCUGCAUAACCUAAUGGUCAAAGCUGAUCUCAACUGGCAUCAGAGGAUGAAUGUUAUUCUUGAACUUGCACGCCUCCUUAAAUUUCUUCAUGGGCAGGACAAACCGUAUCGGGUCUUUAGUAUCAAUGCAUUUCAUAUAAUGCUCGAUUGGGAUCUCAAUCCAAAAUUAAUUGAUUUUGGAUUAGUUGGAAAAUGGGUCAUUGGUGAAGUGAGUGCCAAAAGGAAGCAAACAACAAUACCAACUCGCUGUAUUGAUCCAUAUUUUGCUCUACGAGGAGGUGAAUGGGGAACAAGCUGUGAAGUGUAUUCAUUUGGUGUUAUUCUCCUGGGACUAAUAGCCAAAAGAAUUUCUGAAUGGGAUAAACAGGAACAACCCGACCAGGUACUCGAAAACCUGCUUCAUGUUUGGGCUAAGAUGGAAUAUAAACCCCACAGUUCUCUUGUCCACAAAUCCCUGCAAGAAGACUGGGGCUAUCAUGCUGCAGAUGGUAUUGCAAUUACAGAGUUGGGGAUGCAUUGCAUUGAGUUCUUUCCAAUGAACCGUCCUACUAUGAAAGAUGUUGUCGAGCGACUUGAAAAUUUACUUAUGUUUCAACGUCUUGGUGAUUCAAGACCUCACAAAAGGGACAAGAAAUUUUAAGAUGAUGCAAUGUGCAUGUGGAAUUGAUCAGGUUUUAGGGACUUACACUCAGCUUUAUAUUAUUAUAUUUCUUCGAAAUUUGGUA